AUGAGGAUAGUGAGGCAUAUGAAGAGGAGCCCUCGUCCAAGGUCACAGGGCCGGGGAGAGGCUGCACUAAGGGGACACUUGGCCGGAGGUCGCCAGACCCCAGGGCUGGGAUGGAAUGCGGUGAAACCUGCUUACCAGGAGCUGAAGGUGGUUGACUGCUUCUUCCCACAGGUUGCUGUGACCUUUGAGGAUGUUGCCGUGUAUUUCUCCAGGACAGAAUGGCACCUCCUUGAUGAGGCUCAGAAAAUCCUGUACCUCGAUGUGAUGCUGGAGAACUAUGCUCUUAGAGUUCAUACUGGAGAAAGACCUUAUGAGUGCGGUAAAUGUGGGAAAUCUUUUAAGAGAAGCUCUAACCUUCGUGUUCAUCAGAGAGUUCACACUGGAGAAAGGCCUUAUGAGUGCAAUGAAUGUGGGAAGUCUCAUACCAGUAGCUCUAACCUCCGUAGACAUCAGAGAGUUCACACUGGAGAAAGGCCGUAUGAGUGUGAUGAAUGUGAAAAAUCUUAUACUAGUAGCUCUGCCCUCCGUAGACAUAACAGAGUUCACAGUGGAGAGUGA